UCCCUUAACAGUUCGAGCUGAGACCUGGGAGGGUGCACGCUGGCUCUCUCCCACUCUCACCUCCCCUUACGUUGACGCUCAUUCACUCCGGGUGGCCGAGGACUGUGGGCGGCUGCUCCACUAUGCUGUGAGUCUGGUGGGCGCUGGGCAAGGCGGCGCCAGGAUCAGGGUGGGCGCGAGGGCGUGAUGGCAACCUGGCAGACUCCUCCACGUGACGCCCCUACACGCCGGGUCGCCAUGGGUGCUGCGGGCGCUUCUCUGCCGGGCUUUACCGUGGCUCUAGUGUUGUUGCUCGCCUGCACCACGGUCAGGGGUGAGGAGGAGUGCAGCAGCGAGAACCUGACUCAGAUGUUAAUGUCGAGAGGUAAUGUGCUCUGCUAUGAGUGUUCCUCGUGGACCAACCCGCUGUGUGACGAUCCGUUUAACUUCACUCUCUCCCGCAAGAAAGGACCGCCCAUUGAGAAGUGUGACGGAUGCUGCGUCAAGCUGGUGCAACACAUUGGGACCCCCUACGCGUCCAUCAGGCGGACAUGCACGGAGAAACUGCAGAUCAACCUCUUUAUGGUGGACCACGUGUGCAUGAUGGAAAGUAGUGGUCACGGUCACAUGUGCUUUUGUGAGGAGGAUCUGUGUAAUGCAGCCCCACCCUCCUCCCUCCUCCCAAGCCCUCUCCUCCUCCUGGCCCUCCUCCUCAGCCCGCUCCUCCUCCUCCACCACCACAACUACAACCUCCAUUUCUUCCUAUCUGCCACUCACUCCUACUCCCACCACAACCGACCCUUUGUUGCCAGAUAAGUUUGUGUUUGGUUCUGUUUUGUUAUGUUGUGGUUAUGUUACUCUUUUGUUCGUUUUUGUGUGAUUUUUUUUUUCUUCAUGUUUUUGUGUUUUUAGUUUGUGUUUAAUUAGUUGAUUAAGUUAAUUGUCUUUUUCAGCUGCUAUUCAGUGGGCAGUUUGUAUUUUUUUCCUUGCUUUAUUUCAGUUACGUAAUUUUUGUAGCAUUUCAUUUUUCAAGACUUUUUUUCACAUAUGAUUUCUUCUUCUUCUUCUUCUUCUUCUUCCUUUUCCUUCUCCUUCUCCUUCUCCUCCUUCUCCACAGACGUGUUGGAGGAAGGUUUGUUUUGGUUGCCAGGAUGAUCCCUCCAGUCUCUCCUUCCUGACUUUCCCUCUUCAAGCUUUCCUCCUCCUCUUCCUCCUCCUCGUCUCAACCUCCUCUUCUUCCCCUCUCUUCUCAAGUUCCUCGUAAGUUCAACACUCUCGUAAGAUUGUAAAGUUUAUCCCCUUCUUCUUCUUCUUCUUCUUCUUCUUCUUCUUCUUCUUCUUCUUCUUCUUCUUCUUCUUCUUCUUCUUCUUCUUCCCGUCACCCUGGAAGCCACCGUCACCCUCCUGUCUCCUUCCCAUCCUUCACCUGUCCUCUUACCUGUCUUAUUUUCCCUUCCACUAAUUAUUUUCCCUUAAAUUUUCCCUUUUCCUCUCGUUUUUUUUUCAUUUUUUAUUUCUUAUUUCUUUUUCAUCGGGUGUUUUCAUAUUCCUUUUCUGUUCUAGUAUUUUUUUUUUUUUGUACAAAUUCUUGUUUAUUUUUUUAUUUUUUUCCUUUCUUGGUCUUUACUCUCUUCCUUUCUCUGUUAUAUUUUUACACCAUCCUGUCCAUUUAUAUCCUCCUGUUCAUUCUUUUUUUUCCCUAUUCCUUCCCCCCUCAUUGCCCUCCUCCUACUCCUCCUCUUUCUAAUUCUUCUUACUUUUUUACAAUAUUUUUAUCUUUUUCCCAUCAUUUUUUGGGGGGGCGUUUUCUUCCUUUUCAUAGUUACAAUUUUUAACACCAUCAUGUCCUCGCUAUUCUUGCUAUAUUUAUCUUUUUUUUUUCCUCAUUUUUCCUGCUGUUAAUCCCUUUUCUUCCCAGUCCCUCCACCUCCUGCUUCCUCCUGCUCCCUGCUCCUGGCUCCGUCGCGUGUAGCUAUUCGUUGUAACAUGUUUCCUUCGCUGUAGUGUUGAUCCUCACACAGCCACAGCCGCCGCCGCCCUCGCCCCACUCUCCCUCUGUCAGCCUCUCCCUCUCACUGCCGCUCUCUCCUCUCACUGUCUCCUGCACCGCACCGCCCAAUGCCUGUCUAUGUUGUUGAUCACUCACUCGCUCACUCACUCACUCGCGCCGUGUACUUUACUUUUAAGCGCUUUCUCUCUCUCUCUCUCUCUCUCUCUCUCUCUCUCUCUCUCUCUCUCUCUCUCUCUCUCUCUCUCUCUGACACUGUGCUGCACCAUUAUCGAUUUUUGUUUGUAUUUUCAUGUUUCUGUCUUUUGUCUCUCUUUUGUUAUUUUUUUCUUCCUCUUUCUUUCUUUGUCCCUUACUUUAUUCGUCUUUGCCUCUUUUUUUCUCUCUCUUCCUUCGAUUCUUUCUCUCCUUUUUCCUUUUCAUCUCUCUCUCUCUCUCUCUCUCUCUCUCUCUCUCUCUCUCUCUCUCUCUCUCUCUCUCUCUCUCUCUCUCUCUCUCUCUCUCUCUCUCUCUCUCUCUCUCUCUCUCUCUCUCUCUCUCUCUCUCUCUCUCUCUCUCGCCUCUGCUACCUGACAGCCGGUGUUGUGGUCUUUGUUAGCCUUGAGUGUUCAACCCGCGCCCUCAGCCCAGCACCGUCUGUCGUGAGGGCUUCAGCCACCUCAACAAACCAGAAAUUCCCUAGAAGCAUCCACAAAAUUCCCUAGACUCAUCUCCAAACUUCUCUAAACACAUCCCCAAAAAAAUUACCUAGACACUUCCCCAGAAAAUCCCUAGAUAUAUCCUCAGAAAUUCCCUAGAAAUUUCCCCCAAAAAUACCUAGACAAAUCCAAAAAAAAAUUCUCUAUAACAUCUAAAAAAAAAAAAAACUACAGAUAUCUAAAAAUUCUCUAAAGGAUCCCCAAAACUUCCGUAGACGCUUCCCCAAAUAUUCUCUAAAACAAAGACAAAAAAAAAAUCCCCAGAAAUUCUCCCUAGAAACUUCCCACAAAAAAUCCACAGAAACACGUACAAAAAUCCCUAGAAACUCACAGACUGACAGGGGAUAGGGGAUUAUCCUGUCCCCUUCCCCUGUCAGUCCCCACACGACAACACACCCCAACAACCUUCACCCCAUCAAUCCCCUACCAUCACCCUAUCCUCCCCCAAGCCCCUCCCUUACACCCUCACACCCUAACCCAACUAGUCCUUAUUCCUCAGACCAACACACCCCUAUCCUCCCUUCCUCCCCAUCCCUCCCCAUCCCUCCCCCUCCCCGCCAUCGUGCCAGCCCUGUCUUGCCGUGGCGCUGCAUGACGCGAGGCCGCAUGACAGUCGGUGUUGGAUCAGUAGGACGCUGUAAAAUGAACGUCAUGUUAAAUUUAAGUCACCCCAAAGAUGCCUUCCCACUGUUCACCCCCUGCCCCCCCAAAGCCCGGUCAGCCUGAUUGACCUCAGAUAUCAAGGAAACAACGCUUAUUCGUUCGUAGGAGGUUGGUUCCCCCCCCCCACUCCCCAAUCUGUCGUCCCUUACGCUGCCCCCCCAACCUUCCCGCCCUCCCCCCUCCCCUACACCACGCUAGUAAAUGCCUUUAUGUCCCUUAUCUUUUUUUUUUUCUUUUUUUUCUCAUUGUUAAUGGCUGGGGCGCCCUCCCUCCCCCUCCCCUCCCUUAAUGCAGGUCUUACUGAUACUACUUGUGAUAAACGUGUUUGGACGAGUCGUGGUUAGCUGUUUAUUAUUCAUAUUAUUAUUACUAUCAUCAUUAUUAUUAUUAUUAUUAUUAUUAUUAAUUAAUAUUAUCAGUAAUAUUAUUAUUAUAAUUAUUAUUACUAUUAUUAUUAUUAUUAUUAUUAUUAUUAUUACUAUUAUUAUUAUCAUUAUUAUCACUAUUAUUAUUAUUAUUAUUAUUAUUAUUAUUAUUAUUAUUAUUAUUAUUAUUAUUAUCAUUAUUAUUAUUAUCAUUGCCCCUGUCGCUGUUGUUUAAUUAUUGACAGCUGUCGAAUGGAUCUUGUUUUCAUUUUUCUUGUUAAUGUUAAUAUUUUGUGUGCCCCCAUUACUGCCCCCACUCGCUGGGAAUAUUUUUGGAAGGGUCUCUGAAGGAACCCUCGCUCCCCCACCCCAGACUGAGCAGCAAGAGCAUCAAAUGUUACUCAGCCGUUGCAGAAGGAGUCCAGUUUUGCUGAUAGGGAUUACUGCCCCCCGCAACUUUUUGUGUGUCACCAUUAGCCUUUCAGAACAGUACCUAACUUGAGUCUGUCCCAAGUGGCGCCGAGUUGUCGUAGUAAGGUCUAAGCGUUACCUCGUCACACGUCACGUCACGUCACGGAUCCCCACGGGCCGUCUGAUCUCUCACCCCGCCUGGUCACUCAGCUAACAGUCCAGUCCAGUCAGUCCGCCACCACUCACAGCCCACACCACCACUUAGUUGACUGUCACGUGCUCCGCCUCACUCCCACGUAACACACAGAGACUCUCCACCAAUCACCUCUCCCGCCUCCCAUGACGUGAGUGGCUCCGGCCAAUCACACAUCCUCCUUCCCAUGACGUCACUCAGACUGUGGUGCAGCUCUGGCCCGCCCCCCUGAGGAGUCCCUCCCCCCAGACCCUCCAGGGGCUGCAAACGGCUCUCCUCUGAACAGCCCCCAGAAGGGCUCACGAAGUAGUCCUUUACUCAUCACUCACCGCCUCUGAUUUCGCUCAUGAGUGACGGGCAAAGGACUCGACGUGUGGCUGAGGUGGUUACCUUUCACUGUUCACUCGUCGUCCACGCACAAGAGGACAGCAUUUGCAGCGGCUUCGGCACCGUUAAGCUGGUGUGGGUGCGGGGGCCGCUGCUCGCCCGGGGCGCCCCAUCUCACCCCGGACGGGCAGCGGGUGCGGGUGUUCCCUUCCAAACUGCCAAAACAAGUCACCCAAAAGACUGCUCACCACCUGUCGCCUGCAGCCGCCCACCACCAGGAGGCCAGGCAGUGGUGCAGGGGGCGCGUGGCUGUGGGGCGCCGCUCCCUGCCCUUAAAAAACACCAGUCUCGUCCAGCCCCGCCCCCAGGGACCCCGCACCAUCGCAGCGCCGUCACACUUGUCACACUGGAGCCACACUGACGAUGCCCGCCGGCGCCGCCACCCCGGAAGCCUCGUCGCCACCAGGAGGACGCGGGAUGUGAGGGCACCGCAGAGUGUAGGACCAGAUGCCGCCCCCCACCCCCAUGCCUCCCCCCGGCCCCCGCUCUGCAGGAGGCUGAGGGCCCGCCUGUCACACCCCGCCGCCCCGUGACCAAGUGUUGAGUCGCAGGGUGGGUCUUCAUCUCAGACUUCUUGGCCAGUCUUCUUAGGGUCUGUCUCCCAACAAAGCUAAGCCACUUCAGUCAUACGCUUUGAAAAGUUGAUACACGGCCAGCCCAACCCUCUCCUCACCCUUCAUUAUAUUUUUGCAGUCUUUUUUUAAUGAAUAUUUAUGCACUUGGUGUUACUUUUUUGUAUGUAGCUGUAGUUUGAUUCCUCCUUUUAUCACCUGUCCUCUUCCACCUUCCUUGAUCUUUUACGUGUGUAUUUUUUCAAGCCCAUUGCCCUUAUCAUUCUUUGCGCAGCUGUCAUGUUCCUUCACUGAGCCUUCUUCCAUGUCCUGUAAGACUUUCCUCACACAUCUUGACGUACUGGUGUGAUGCCAACUAAAGAUCCUACUCACUGAAAACUCCUCCUUUAACGGGUUUUGACUCUACUGAUCUAACUUGCGAAAUGCUGUUUUUUUUUUAUUUUUUUCCUUCGCCUUUUUUUGGAGGAAUUUUUGCAAGCCUGCCAACGCUGUGCCAGGUAGGAGACAGUAGUGGUCUGCUGUGACAUAUGGGAAGGGAGCUUUUUUCCCCUUUUCCUGUGUUGUUGGGCAGCCACGUGAUGCUUCUGUCCCUGACAUAUAAUUCUAAUGCCUGACCUCUCCACAGGCUGCUGGGGGAAGCUGGUAGGGCCUGGCGAUCAUGAAGAAAUCAGGCGGUGGUGCUUGAGUAAGGCACCGGAGGCUCUGAGGACCUUUUAGUCUUGGGGCUGAGGCUUCCUGGUCCAUACAUGUCUGAGGCAAGGACAGGAUCAAACUGGACUGGGGACAUCUGUGACAUGAGUGAGUGGAAUGGAGCACUGGACGCUGCAGGUUGGACCAGGAGGAGGAUUACACAGAGGCAGCUGACUAGAGGCUGCGGGAGGAAGUGAAGAAAGUCCUGGCUGUCUGUCCCAUCACAGCAAUGAGUGGAGGCAGUGAAUGCUGUUUGGCUGAGUGCAGGACAGCAGGCACACCAGCAGGAACACACUGGCUUUCACAGCACUGACCUCCACAGACUGACUGGAGGCUGUGGAAGGUGAAGGACUGGCCGGGAUACAUCAUGACAGCAGGGCCAUUAGAACACAACACAAGGGCAGUUGCAAGAAACCAGUAGGCCUACACGUGGCAGAGACAUGAAGCGGGCCUAUUAUCAACCACUACAGUCAUCACCACCACCACUGGGACACAUUUCUUUUGACUUAUAUGCAAAGGAAUCAAAUAAAUGCCUUGCUAUUUUUUAUUUAUUUUUUUUUUAAGAGGACAUGAGAUAAAAAAAGGGGUGCUUCUGAGGGAGGAACUGAAGGUACUCUGAAAAUAUUAGAUCAGUGUGGAGUUAUUGUAUUGUGUUUAUACAUCUCAGUUAUCUGUGAGUGCAUUCAUGAGGCGCAGGAGGAGGCGGCUGUGAGGAGGUUGUUUUGCCUGGUGGCCUGCAGUGAGUGGCAGAGGUGCCACUCAGCCACGGUCACUGUUACAAACUGACUAUACGGUUGGUCUCUUUCUGCAGGUUUGCUUUGAUGCAUAAUUUCCCUCUGGGUUUAUUUCCCUGCAUACAUUUUGUUGUUGGUUGUAGCUGUAAGGAUCAUGGACAGCAGACAAUUCCCAUGCACUGAGUGGAUGCAUUGCUCUGUUAGUUGUUCAAUAUUUAGUAUGUAGGGAUUUUUAUUGUAGGUUAUAGAAGAACUAUAUAUUGCCUGACAUAAUGGUUGAACAAAUAUUGGAGUUUUAACAUUGUGUAUAUAUAUUUAGCAGUUGAGUUUACUUGCUAGAAUUAUAUUUUCUCAGUUAAAAUUUUAAGUACCUACUGUAGCAAAUUUUAUUCAUAUAUAAGUGCUAUUAAAAUAUUAGAAUAAGUGAUAAAGAAAGGUUUGAAACCACUAUUAUAUAAUAGAAUAUAUAUUCCAAUCAUCCUCGUAAACAAAUAUUACUGAAUUGAAAAGGUAUAACUUCUUCAGUGCAUCAUAAUAUUAGUCUGUAUGAUCAUACUGACAAAUUGAAUUUUUUCCAGAUGAUAUUAUUCCCUAGCAUGUAGGAAGCACAGGCAGCACUGAGAGGUGGUGCUGUGGUGCUGCGGUGGCACAGCUGUGGGCCAGGGUGCUGAGUGACACAUAGACAGAAAGAUAACAAAAAAAAAAGACAUGACAAGCUGCACUUUGUCCUGUGAAGAUAUAGAUAAAUAGAUACAAGUACAGGACAGGCAGACAAACACAAGAAUAAAAAACAAAACUUUACAUGCUUCACUUUAUCCUGUGAAGCUGCAGAUAAAUAAAUACAAGUACAGAAGGACAGGCAGACAUGUAAGAACAGAAAUAAGACUGGAUACAUACUUCAACUGAAGGAGGAAGACUGGAUGAAUGCUUACACUAAGACAAAACAUCAUUAGAAUAACUCAGGCCCUGCAAACUACAAGAUAAACACAUACGUACAUACACACAGUCCCUUCAUCACCUGACCCACAGCUGUGCCCAAGCAGAGUUAAUAGUUUGUUUCCACAUUAAAAAAAAAGUUGCAUUAGUGGAAGUCUCCUCUUAACCGACCAUAGCGUUUAUGAAGCAAGUCUUUUCUUGGCAUAACUUUGCAUUGAGGCUUAUGUGCCGGGAGUGACAAAUGCUGAUGACAUAACCAUAUAUUCCAAUUUUUCCCUCCAUUUCAUAAUAUAGUAAGUGGAAGAAGGUUAAAAAAUAUACCAUGUCUUGGUGUGUGUCCCUGAGGUUUGUCUUUGUUGCCAUUUGGUCUCACUUUGGUCUCAUUUGGCCUUUGACUUAUACUUAACUUUGGAAGAUGGGCUUGCAUCUUCUCAGACUUCAGAUUGGUGAAAUAUUGCUUGCUGGAAAUUAUGUAUAGAUAGAUAGUGCUAGAGAAGUGUAUAGGCAAUUUCUCAAUCAAAUUGACAAUGUACACCCCUAUUAGUGACAUAGGUGAUAGAUGAUGUAAAUGAGGCAGGUACACAUUUCAGACAUCAAAUUGAGAAUGUACACUCUUCCAGUAAUGAUUUAUUAAUGGACAGUGUGAAUGAGGCAAAAAAUCUAUCUUGUGAUCAUCAAGUUGAUUCAAUGCAUCCCUUCAUUCGCUGCAAAAUCCCCCAACAUCAACACCGGCAUGACAACAACUCACAAGCCUCAGGGAACACACACUGGGGCGCCUCAAGUCUUUAAUCGCGUGUGAUAUCACUCUUCCACUAGAUGUGUGUGUGCGUGUGCGUGACUGUAGCUGUCAUAGAGAGGCUCUGUACACUGGUUAGUCCAGAGGUGCGACCCACAGGCAAGGGUUUCUCGCUGCCGGUGCACAUCUGAGUUGUGUGCGUCGCAGCUCAGCCUGUGAGGUCGAAAGAAACCCCCAGAAUCAGUGGUGUGACCCUGUUUACACACAAUAGCAUUUUUUGAUGUAGCCCACCCAGUUUUUUGAUGGUAGGGGCGCAGCAUAGCAGAGUUUUUAUCAACGACUAGUGUUGUAAAUAAUAUACAUUAGCUCCAGCAGCAGCAGUGAGUUGCAUCGCCUCUAGAGCAAAGGAAGCGCCUCACUCCCCGUGUGGCAGAACCGUAAUAACCUCUCCAACAUUUAGCUUCAACACAACACCACCACUUCUGUUUGGACCAUCCUUCCUCCAUCCCAUUUCUUGCUCACCAACAAAGGAUCUGUUUUCUUUGCUGCCGAGACCUGCCAGUGAGUCCCUGUCUUGACACACACCUGGCUGUCUUGGCUUCCCCAUGAUGUAGCUCUGUGUAGGAGUGUUGGUUGUGUUUACCCUUCAUGCCAGUGGUGGACUGGUCAGCUGACACUCACUGACCCUCACAAGCCCAGUGCAGCACCCUAAGAGGCACAUCAGUAUAUGACAUUCUAAUGGGACCUGAUGAUGUGACCCUGAAUUUUCCAUCCUAAUCCAAAGAGGCAAAAUGAGAAUAGGGUACAGAAAGCAGUGAGUUACAUCCUCACAAGCUCAGAAAAUUACUGUAAGAGGCACAUCAGAAUAUAACCUUAUAAUGGGACCUAAUGAUGUGUCCCUGAAUUCUUUAUCCUAACCCAAAAAAAGCAAAGUGAGAAUAGGGUACAGAAAGCAGUGAGUUACAUCCACACAAGCUGAGAACAUUACCUUAAGAGGCACAUCAGAAGGCCCCAUCAUGUGACUUAAAUUCUUUGAAAAAAUUCCCUAAAUUCAGAUUCUGAGUUCAGGUCGGAGAGCAGGGUGCUGAAACAAUUAGUCAGUUAUGAGAUGUUGACAAAUGUAAUCAAAAUCUAUAUGAAGCAAACAUGUUCACAAUAACUACUGUAGAGUGAAGAAGAAAUGGGCAACAGGAAGUGAAAUAAUUGGCUGGGUGAUAUUACAAAAAAGCAAACAAGACCUUAUGAUGCUUCCUGUUACCCAUUUUUCCUCUGUUCUGUUUUAUUUCAUAGUUCUGAAUCGGCCUCAAACUGAACUAAAGACCUUGAGGAAAUACAGCCGACAGUGUGACCUUCUCGCCCUCGCCCGCACCAUUAGUGAGUGAUCCCUCGUCCUUUAGUGAGCAUUGUCUCAUGUCAUAGGUUGUUCAAUUGGCUGUAAUGCAGGAAAUGUAACCAGUGAAAUUGUUUACAGUAAUUGUUAAAGGUUAUAACAAUCUGUCAAUAUAUUAUGUAGCUUAAAAUGAUUCUGUAUCGGCAUGUAAUCGUGUGUGUGUGUGUGUGUGAACUAACUGAAGAUUAUACAUGAUACUAGUGUGUGUGUGUGUGUGUGUGUUCGUGCGCAGGGUGAGGGUGGGGGGGUGACAGAACACAACUGGGCGGGUUUCACAACAGUCCACAUGGCGUGCUUAUCAAAUAAGCAGCAAACACCCUCAUCAUGAUAAUUGUCUUUGUUGGUCAUUCUGCUUUGUAAUUUUAAUAAAUUUUUAUAUG